AUGGGGCACACGGCCGUAUGGCACUCUCACCCGAAGAACUACGGUCCCGGAUCUAGGGUUUGGUAAAAAUCCUUCCCGUCUCGUGUUCCUGAACCUGUGAUCUGCUUCGUGUUUGCCUCUCAUUUUCCUCUGUUCUGUGUGUUGGUUGCCGUCUGUAACCGAAUCAUCUGCUGAUUUAUGGAUUGGAAUCUGAAACACUACAGUGCUUUUUUGUGCCGUGAUUUCUUGGCAGAAACAAUUAUUUGAUGCAUGUAAUGUGCCGUAAAUGAUUUCGAAAGCGAUGAACUCUGAAAACAUAAGAAUUUACUGUAGAUUCUCUUAGGUUCUGGGAUUUGUUGUGAUGGUACAUACGCUAGGGUGCUCUGGGAUCCGUCCUGGACAUCAUAUAAGUAGUGAGUCGAUUUUGGUCGACUGCCGUUUGGUAAUAGGAGAAGGGAGAUUCGUAAUCCUAAGGAAUCACUUAAAUGAGAUUCGGCAAGGAACGGAAGUCUGUACGAGCGAGCGCGUUACUUACCCCGGUUGAAUAGGUUAAUCACUCCUCGCGUCCAGCUCAAGGUGGCAUUGGCAGCAUGCUUGGGAUCUUGAAUAGGCUUCACGGAAAAUUGUUACAGUUCUUCUUUCCAGAAAUAGUUGUCCUAUGACAUUGGAGGCAUGUUUGGGGUCUUGAAUAGGCUUCACGGAAAAUUGGUACAGUCCAUCUUUCCAUAAAUAGUUCGGUCGUAUGGCAUUGGAAGCAUGUUUGGGAUCUUGAACAGGCGUCAUGGAAAAUUGGUACAGUUUCUUCUUUCCAUAUAUAGUUCUGUCUCAUAGAAUUGGUAGAUAGGAACAGCUUCUUCAAUCGUCGCUGUGCUUCUAAUUCACCGGCGUUGUUCUAUACCUGGACGUCCGAUGGCUCUGCAAUAUUUUCUGGUUGCGAGAAAAAAAUUAUGCCAAUGCGAUCAUGUUUUGGUAUAUACCUCACAUCCACCUACUGUUGAGGAUUAACAAUCUUUCAUCCCAAUAGUUUUAUCAAUGCGAGGCUCCCUGUAAUGCCUUACCUUCAAGAAUAUGCAGAUCAUCCAGCCAUGAGCAUGUUGUUCUGUUUGUUGGAUCUUGGGUUCUUCUUAUCUGAGACAGCUCCUGAUUUCCUCUCGCAGCCGGGUCUGCGGUAAUUCUCACGGAUUGAUCCGCAAGUACGGGCUUAUGUGCUGCAGGCAGUGCUUCCGCAGCAAUGCAAAGGAGAUUGGAUUCAUCAAGGUAAAUUCUCACCUACUUGUUCAGGAGAGCGAUGCAUCCACGCUGCCCUCCAUGAAAUGAACUCAUACUUGGAAACCUGUGAUGAAAAAUCUCAGAACAGCUUCUGCGUUGUUCUUUUCCCCAUUUAACCUGCUAGAAUUGGGCUGCAACCUGACCUAGCUAGCCGAAUCAUGUACAUUCAUUUACAUAUUUUUCAUGAGCAUAUAUAGAUAUAUAUAUAUAUAUAUUUAUGUGUGUGGUUAUUUUUGUGCUGAUUUUGUGGAUUUUUCUAUCUUCCAGUACCGCUAA